GGUAACAAGCAGGACCUCAAGGACAGAAAUAAAAAUAAGAGUUCAUCACUAAAGAAGUAUCCUGAUAGUGUAAACAUUGUGAUAUGCUAAAAACUGGAAUCAUCUAGAAGAAUAAAUAAGACUCAUCAUGCCCUUCACCCAUAAACGGAAGGCCAAAAAAAGGGCUUUUCCGUUGGAACCUCUUCUAUUGCCACAAGUUCCACGUGGCAAUUACUUGCACUUUAAGGAGGAGAAACAAAGACUACAUCUAAAUAAAUUCCUACUUCACAGGAUGUUUCUAGUGGCCAAGAUAGAAGGAAAUGUGGAAAAAAAAGAUAUUUCUGAAUACUAUGAACAACUGUUCCAGUCAAUUUUGAAACAUCACCUAGAAGAAUCAGUGACAGGAUUAUUGCUCAUAUACCCCACUUCCUUUCUGCAUAUCCUUGAGUCCUCCAAUGGUACUCUCUUCCAAAUUCUCCUAGAUUAUCUUGGCCAUGAAAACGACGAGAAAGAAUUUUUUAUACAAGAAAUGAAAAUUAUAGUCAUUUCCCACAACAUCCCAACAAGGCUCUUCAUGCAAUGGCAUGUUUCAGCAACAAAAGUGCCAGUUAUGUAUCUCGAUGAUGUCACACAAUCCCAGUCCCUAAAAGAGGUCAUCACAGAUUUUAUCUCCCAAAUUCAUAAACUGUCACUCUACCUUUUUAAGACUAUUAAAGUGGGCACUAAAGGACCAGGCGAUAACUUGCACAAUGUUGUACCUGACCUACUCCUUCCAGAACAAAUCAUAAAGUACUUGUGCAAAUCUGAAGAAUUCAUGGACCCAGAAACAUUCAUAAAUAUGUACAACAGACCCAUACACGUCACGUUGGAUUCUGAGGUGGUAUGGCCUGCUCCUUCCCGUUUCUAGGAUGGAUAGAUACUAUGUGCUCAUUUCUCUUAAGGAGUUUAGGCUACUUAAAUAAAAGGAAAAUAUUUCUAAAGUUA